CACCAGGCUUUUAUAUAGAUCGACGUCCUCCCCUCUCAGCCUUUUGCCUUUUCCCUUGCGCUGACUUGGAGAGAGUGAGUGAGUUGACAAUGAGCGAGCUUAAAGCAACAACCCCAAUCUUUGCCGAGGGCGAGAACUGUAAGCCUGACUGGAGGGUGGCCAAUGCAGAGUACAAUGAAACCGAUACACAUCUCGAGAUCCUGGGCAAACCGGUCAUGGAGCGAUGGGAGACUCCAUACAUGCAUUCUCUGGCUACAGUAGCAGCCUCCAAAGGAGGACGUGUUUUGGAGAUCGGGUUUGGAAUGGCGAUUGCAGCCAGUAAAAUCGAGUCCUUCAAUAUCGAGGAGCAUUGGAUCAUUGAGUGUAAUAACGGUGUGUUCGAGAGGCUGCAGGAGUGGGCCAAGCUGCAGCCACACAAGAUUGUUCCACUCAAGGGACUCUGGGAGGAUGUGGUCCCAACUCUGCCAGAUUCACACUUUGAUGGCAUUUUGUACGAUACUUACCCACUGUCGGAAGAGACAUGGCACACACAUCAAUUCAGUUUUAUAAAGGCUUAUGCUUCCCGCUUGUUAAAGCCAGGCGGGGUUCUGACCUACUGUAACCUCACAUCCUGGGGUGAACUGCUGAAGAACAAGUACAGUGACAUUGAGAAGAUGUUCCAGGAAACGCAAGUCUCUCAUUUGGUGGAGGCCGGGUUUAAGAAGGAGAACGUCAAGACCAGCGUGAUGGACAUCGUCCCUCCCAGCGACUGUAGAUAUUACUCCUUCCACAAGAUGAUCACUCCCACUGUCAUCAAACACUAAAGCAGCUGUGAUACUGGCAGCAGAAAUGCAUCCGGCUGCUGCCGCUUAAGGAAUCAACGUUGCAUUAAUUUUUUUUUACCGAUUCACCAUAAUUCCAUUCAGACGCAAUGAACAUACAGCGAGUUUAACUACCACAGCGGCAAGAUACGACAGCGACAACUUGCCUUUACAUAGCGCCCCUCACACAGGGUAGCUUCCCCGAGCACUUGA